AACAUUGCGCUAAACGCUUAUAAUAAGUUAUUAUCAUGGAUGCGAACAUAAACAUAAACAAUUUACAGAAAAAUCUUCAAUCAAGGUAGUCAUAAAUUUGACAGGAAAAAUGUGAUAUUCAAUGUCACCCCAUAGCGACGACACUAUCUGAAAUUUCAGAGUUCGUUCAACUUAAUACCGGCUAUAUAAGGAUAAGAGUAUAAUGAAAAUUAUUACUACAAUUUCAAGGCCUUAAAUAAAGUAACCUAACUUUUAACGAUUCAUUUUAUUUUAAAUGAUUAAUUAAAAUUGUCGCAUGCUGUGCAAAAAAACACUUAAUUUGUAAACUUAAAUUCGGGGCAGAACAGGCGCAAAAUCGAACAGCUCCGUCCAAGUCCCAACUGCAUACAUCCGCAUAGAUGUAUGUACACAUGCACACGCACGCUUUAAAAUAGUGAGGGUGGGAGACCCGCAGCUACACUGUACGUGAUCGCGCCGCACACGCACGUAGUAAAAACGAUCCCUGCCCAUACGGCAUCUCUUAUCGUCUCUCUCGCGACGCAUCUUCGAGACUUUGGACGGAGGGAGUGUCUUCAAUUCUGCAUAUAGCACAGCAUCUAGACAAAACACACUACAAGUAUAAAGAGUUCGAAUAUGCCUUUUUUUCUAACAUAUUGAUGAAAUAGUUGCCAGUUAUUAUCUUAGAGAGGAUCACGAGCCAUAAGAAUAACUCAGGAAUUUGCCGGCCUCCAAGAUGGGCUUGAAGGAAUUCAAGAUUUACCUUGAUAAUCCUUACGCUACUUACUUUCCAAAUCAGACUGUGACUGGAAAAGUGAUCGUGACUAUAGAUGCUCCGAAAAAAAUUCGAGGUAUUAAGUUGACAGUAAAAGGAGAAGCGAACACUUAUUGGUCAACAGAUAGACAAGAGCUAAAUAAUGAAGGUAGAUACAUUAACGAAACUGAUACUGUUACUGGCCAUGAGGAAUAUUUCAAAGCUCAAUUCUAUCUCACUGGAUCAUCAUCUGGUGAUGAGAUAGAAUUACCUGUGGGAACCCAUACUUAUCCGAUCAAUUGUGUUAUACCUCCCAAUUUACCAAGCAGUUUUGAAUCAGACUUUGGACGUAUUAGAUACACUAUAAAGGCAAUCAUCGAUCGCCCAUGGAAAUUUGAUCAUGAAACUAAAAUGGCCUUCACUGUUAUUUCACAUUAUGAUCUCAAUCAAGAUUCAAGUGCUUCUGAACCAGUAAUGAUUGAAAACAGUAAAACAUUUUGUUGUCUAUGCUGUGGAUCACCUCCAUUGACUGUGAAUGUUUCUCUACCAGUUAGAGGAUAUGUGCCAGGACAAAUAAUACCAGUUAAAGUGAAUGUAGAAAAUCAAUCUGGUAAAGAAGUUAAUGUUGUGAAGCUUAAACUUGACAAGGUCAUUAAUUACACGGCAUCAACACCACGUCCGGAAACCAAAAUAGUGGAAGUGACAGUUGCAGAAGUUAGCAAAGGCCCAAUUGGAGGAAAUGAAACUACAGCUUAUGAGCAAACUUUAGAAGUUCCUCCAUUACCACCAUCAAAUCUUAAAAAUUGCAAAAUCAUAGAUGUGGCAUAUAAAUUAAACAUUGAAGCUUGUGUUUCAGGGUUAUUCAGCACUAACUUGACAUUUAAUACUCCUAUUUUGAUCGGAACUAUACCAUUAUCUUCGUACCAAAUGCCUUAUCCAAAAGUCAACAAUUACGUACCUACUGUUUACCCAAAAUCUGAUGAAAGUGGAGGAAUGUAUCCAUCAGUUCCAGAGCCUUCUGCUCCACCUGCAGCAGACAUAGGGUUUUCUGGUCUUUAUCCAAAUCUAGCUCCACCAUCAUAUGAAGAAUCUCAGUUUGCUGCCAUGACUCUUCGUGAUCGAGAUGAAUCAGAUCAUGUAAUUGGAGCUAAAGAACACUUUGCCCCAAGAUAUCCAGUUUAUAAUUUCAAUGCUCCUCUGCAAUAGGUGCCUUUUUGAACAAAUUGAUUUGACGAGCAAAAUAAGUUGUGAUAAUGCAGGCAGUUUGUAUAUUACAAAGCCUAGGCUUUUUCAGUUGCAAUGAAUAAUUUUAAUGAUAUUGAAAGUAAGACUUAUUAUUUUGUAUAAUUAUAAAUUUAUAAUUUAAUUAACGCACAAAUGUAUCGACAAAAUAAAUUUAUAUCUAUUUUGCAAAAAUAUAUACUAUAUUUUAUAAAAAUUGUCAAAUAUGUGCAUACAGCAUAAAUAUUUUUGACAAAUCUAUACUGAAUAUAUGUGUAAGUUAAAAAAUAAAUACUAAUACCUAGAUUCCA